AUGUUCAAAUUUGGAUUUUUGAAAGAGAACGAGACGAAAGAAGAUAAUGCCAAUAUGAAAAAAUCGAUCCUUAAUUGGAUACCCGCCUCGAAAGUUCAAAUAUCGAAAUCGGAAAUUGAAAAACAAUUCGAACCGAGUGAUUAUACGGAAAGUGUAAUAUUUCCGGAUUGUAAAUUAAAAUUAAUUCGAUCUGAAAAAGCGUUAGAAAAUUUAAUACAGGAAAACUGUGUAAAUAUUCUAGAGGCAGAGUCGCAACAUUCCGACCUUGUUCCUGCCAAGUACGAAGGUGGCCUAAAAAUAUGGGAGUGUAGUUACGAUCUAGGUCACUAUGUCUUCGAAAACAGCGUCGAAUUUAAAGGCAAGCUUGUGUUGGAUUUGGGAUGUGGUGCCGGUGUCAUUGGUCUGAUAGCUCUUCUAAAAAAUUCCGUUGUUCAUUUUCAAGAUUACAACGUGGAUGUAGUCAAAACCGUAACGGUUCCAAAUGUUUUAAUAAAUUUCGAGGACCGGGAAAGUGUUUUAAAAAGAUGUGAAUUUUUUUGUGGAGACUGGGAAUCGUUUACGAAAUUAUAUGACGUGGAUGAUAAAAAUGAGACUGCGAAGUACGAUCUAAUUUUUACAUGUGAAACGAUUUAUAAUCCUGAAAAUCAUAGGAAGCUUUAUGAAGUUUUUAAAGAAAGACUUAAACGAGAUGGUGUAGGGUUCAUUGCCGCUAAAAGUUUCUAUUUCGGUGUUGGAGGAGGGAUGAGACAGUUUCAAAGCCUCAUAGAGGAAGAUGGUAUUUUCGAAGUCGAAGUAGUCUGGACAAGUCGUCAGGGAUUGCAAAGAGAAAUUCUAAAAAUUUUACGCAAACACCGUUUAUAAAUCUAACCCGUAGCUGUCUCUACUUUUACCUAUCUCCCAAGGACUUAUUGUACUAAUAUCACUUAUAAAGAAUAAAUAACUAUAUUUUUCUUUUUA